ACUAAUAAUUAAUUAAUUGUUUUACUGCUAAAAAACGAUAUUUAAAGUAAAGCAGAAAAGCCUAAUCAUAGUUUUAUAUGUAAAUGUAUUCCUUAACAAAAGAAGUGUUUGGCGAAAGGUUCGCAUCGUAUGGCAUUAAAUUAUUGAAACCACCUUAGGAAGAGAAAAUACAAAAUUUUAUUUAAACCUUUCCAACCAUUUUACAAAAAAGUGCUUAAUAGGUUAACUAAGAAAUCUUUAAAUAUGGAUACAGAAUCAUCAAAUUUAUUUCGAAGUGUAAAAAUGGUUUUGUUUUUUCAGCAAAUAAAGGAAGAGUCAGAUUUGCAAUCAAAGCAAGGUUUAAUAGAAUAGUUACAGAAAAUGGUGAAACCAACAUGGUCGAAAAAAAUAGAGAGCUACCUGACAACUUAAAAUUUUACAAUAAUCCAUUCAUCUUAUCCUACAUUGAAAGUUUCGAAACUAAUGAUUUCCACUACACAGUAACAGAAGAAUGUCGAUGCAACCUUUCAGAUUUUAUUAAGCAGGUAAACAUUAAAUAAAGCUCAGGUGUACAUUACUGUUUUGAUAGAUAUGCCUAUUAACUUUUCUCAGCCCUUACUUAUUUAUCUAUAGGUCCUGAGCACCCAAAUUCUACUAGAUUUGUAAGCCAUAUUAGACCAGAAGAUGUUUUGAUAAGCUAUAAUUCUGAUUUUAAGCUAAAUCCUAACUUUGGAGAAACUAAAGUAAAUUUAGGAGUAGUUCCUUUUUGCAAUUCAUUCUACAGUGUAAACUAGAAGGUAGUUAGUUGUGUAGAUAGAUUUUCUAUUUCAUAUGCCCAUUUACUUUUGUAUAUGAAUGGUAUGUCAGAAAAAGAUAUUCUUAUAAAUUGGUAUGAUCUAUAAGAAAGUGAAGAAUAAAGCAACAAUAAUAUAGACAGUUUAAGUUAAAGUAUUAUUUCUGACAGAUAAACUUCUUAUGAUAAUUUAAUUGAUGUAUUUUAGCCAUCAGCCGAUCUAACUUAUAGGGGAUUACCCAAAACACAAAAAUAUAAACUUGAUAAUAUAUAGUAAUAGCUUUAUACAGAGAAUGAAGGAGAAACAGUCUUUGCCCUUGGAAAAGGUAAAUGUAUUACUAUAUAGUAGUAUACUUAAAUAUAUGAGUAUUGCUAAAUUCAAAUUUCUUAAGAGAGAGAGGAUGAAAUAGAUAAUGAACUAUCAGAAGAAGUUCUCAGAAUCGAAAAAAAACGUAAAAGAAUACGUUAUUUGUAUGAUAUAUUAGAAGUUAAAAAAAGGAGGUCUAGUAAAUAGAUGCAUAGGCAAUUAAUAAAACUAGGCAGAAAUCUUAUAAAGUAUAUCAAAGCUUUCAAUUCCUUAAAAUCAAAGCUAGUUUAAAAGGUUGAGAGUAAAAAUUAAGAAUCUAAAAAAGAAAAAGAAGAAGAAGAAGAUUAAGAAUUAAAAGAAAUAGCUAAACAAAUAGAAGAAGAAGCUUUAUAAAAAUCUGAAAAAAAACUAAAUUAAAAUACUAAUGAUCCUAAUUAACUUACACAAGAAUAAAUAGAGGAAAUUUCAGCUAACUUUCAUAAGUUAGCAAUAUUCAAUUGAUGUUAAGAAAAUAAAUAGUAGAUAAAACUCAAAAUAAAUGAAUUAAAAAAUAAUCGACUUUCAGAAAAAAAUUAAUUAAUUCAAUUUAUUUAAAUAUUAUGAAUAAAAUUAUUUAUUUUUUUUGUUUUUUAAGCCAUUUUCUAAAUUUUGUUUUUUUAAAUUGUGGCAAAUUUCAUUUUGUUAUGAGAAGUUUCUUAAUAAUUAAAAUAAAU